AUGUCUCAGACUAAGAAAUUGACGCCGAAUCUCGAUCAGAGCAGCACCAAGUUGCUCAAUCUCACUGUUCUCCAACGAAUGGAUCCAUUCAUCGACGAGAUUCUCUUCACCGCCGCGCAUGUAUCCUUCUACGAUUUCAACAUCGAAACCAAUCAGUGGAGUCGUAAAGAUGUUGAAGGAUCUCUAUUUGUCGUCAAGAGGAAUGCACUACCGCAGUUUCAGUUUAUCGUUAUGAAUCGCAGAAAUACAGAGAAUCUAGUGGAGAAUCUAUUGGAUUUUGAGUAUGAACUUAAAAAUCCAUACUUGUUAUAUCGGAAUGCGUCGCAAGAAGUUAAUGGUAUAUGGUUUUAUAAUGCUGAAGAAUCUGAAGAAGUUGCAAAUCUCUUUAAUAGGAUUCUUACUGCAUACUCAAAGGCACCUUCAGAUACAACAGUGCCUUCUAACAAAAGUGAGUUUCAGGAACAUGACCCAGUGUCCGUCAUAAAUGAAAGCCCUGUAGAGUCAUCUUCAGCUGCUGCUACUGCAACUGACGCUGUUGGAGAUUCUGUAUUGACAAAAUUCUUCAACGCACCUAAGUUUACUGGUUAUGCUUCUAACGUAGAUAGUUUUCAGCAGCCCUACCAUUCUGCAAGUGUCACUUCUACUGUUCCCGGUGGUUUUUUGCCUCCUGUACAUUCUCUUCAAACGCCAUCUACUUCUCUUGAAACAAUUAACAGUGGCAAUCCGGUUACUAAUCUUGUUAAGCCUUCCAAUUUUCUUGCACCCAACCCUUUAUUACCAUUAAUUCCACCUGUUUCUUCACCUAUGCCACCUAGUGCGGCUGUUCAUCAUUCCCAGAAUCUGCCACACCAAUAUGGCACUCCACUGCUUCAACCCUUCCCAGCACCUAAUCCCCCUUCUCUUACCCCUAUUUCUAUCUCCAUACCAAAUAGUCCGGUUAUCAGCAGGGAUAAAGUCCGUGAUGCACUUAUAUCAAUGGUUCAGGAGGAUAAAUUCAUUGACAUGGUGUUCGAGACGUUAUUGAAGACUCAUAAUUCAUGA